CAAGUUUUAGGCACUGAAGGGAUCGUUCGCUCAAGCGUUUCAUCGAGGCCAUGUUCAGGUCAAGGAAUGGCCGUCGAGUGUAGGCAGAAAGUCUGUCAUCGCUGUGAGAUUGCAGUCGCAAUAGUCACCCAAUCAAAUGCAACUGCAGAAAUCAGAUCUUACCUCACCAACCCCAACACUUCAGGUAAACAGACAAACAUACACCAACGCACAGUUUUUUGAAAUAGAUCCCAUGGCAAAUAUUUACUCGGACUGGGGACUGCCUGAGAUGGGGCUGGAUGGCGCUGCCAACUGGCUUCCGGAAAGUGUGAAUGAUAUCCAAGUCUCGACAUCACCAGAUCAGACACAUAGUUCUUCAGGAAUCCCGGCAGAUAUUCCCUUUGAUAGUGAUUCAGGAUCAAGGACUUUAGAUGGUUCUGAUACUCAGGAUUACAAUGAUGGCCCUGGUGGAAGCAAGAAGAGAAGGAGACUUGUAUCCAGAGCUUGCGAAAAUUGUAGAAAAUCUAAGCUGAAGUGUGACGAGGCCAGACCAUGUGGACGCUGUGCUAGGAAUGGACAGAGUGAACUGUGCUCAGAAUGGCAGAAGUCCGAUCGUUAUGAUGAUCGAGACGAAUACGUAGAAUCUUACACCCAAGCAAAUGAUCGUUAUGGGAGAAAUAGAAAGGAAAUUCCGGGGUAUGCAGAAUCCAUUGCAGGAGCUCCGGUUCUUCAUAAACAAGACUCUACAGCACAAAGUUUUGCUCAAAUCCCUAGAAGUGCAAGUUUGAAUGCUGCGAUUUCUUUUU